AUGAUAGACCGAGGCUGGGGUUGCGGUUGGCGCAAUGCGCAGAUGCUUGUGUCAGCCAUGUUGAUGAGGAGCACGGAGUGGCGGGAGAGUCUCUUUGGAGGGUGUGGAUAUGUUCCCGACAUAGGCUCAUUGCAAGCUUGGCUUGAAGCUGCAUGGCACGCAGGCUUUGAUGUUGAGGGCUGUGCUCAGUUUGGAGGUUCUGUGCAGCAGAGCCUGCGAUGGAUAGGAACGACGGAGGUGAUCUCACUGUUGAGGGUCUUUCGGAUCAGGGCACAGUUCAUCGAUUUUGUAGGAACUCACUCUGCCCACAACAUCUUCAGGCCCCAGCACUUGGGCUCCCUGCACCAUUCGAUUGCAUGCGACCUGUGCAAGCGCCGACCCAUCGAAGGCAUUCGCCACACAAGCCUUGCGGUUCCAGACUACGACCUGUGCGACCACUGCAUCAGGGAUCCAAGGGCCCAACAUGCCGGGCCCUUUGAGUCCCAUGGAACUGCUCCGAUCCACCUUGGAGUGAAGUGUUCCAUGUGUGAGGUGGAGAACAUCUUGGGGGUGCGGUACAGGAGCAAGAAGAAGAAUCCUCAAGUGGACAUGUGCAGCAGAUGUGUGGAUUUUUCCCAGACGACUUGGGGGGGGCGGUAUGUGAGGGUGAUGGUGCCGGAAGGGGAUCAGGACCUGGAGAAUGAGAACAGACACAGGCGUCUGAUUGAGUGGAUAUGGAACUAUUUCAGCUCUGGGUUUCCGGAGCAAGGGCGAGGUGUUGUGCACACAGCGCGGCUGCCACUGUACUUCCAGCACGAGGGCCAUUCCCGCACAGUGGUGGGGAUAGAACGCUACAAGAAGGCAAAUGGAGGCAUCUACCACAACUUGCUUAUUCUGGACCCUGGCAUUCCCGACUCAACUCUGGAGGAAGCGUUGACGUUGGGGCAGAAAUGGCAGCAGCUCGUUAAACGUGGCCCACACACUCUGAGAAAGCCGGAGUAUCAACUGACGUACAUCGAGGAUGGUCUGGUGCCGGAAAAUGAAAUGGACGUUAUGAAACGGCUGGGUCCUGCCGAUACGAUAUCAUCUUGA